UUUUAUGGGAUGACAACUAAACACAGCUUUCCACUGGAGUUCUAUCUCAGUUAAAUGAGAGCUAUAAAGCAGUUUUGUGGGUGAUGUUCUGGACAAUUUACUCACGUCCUCUUCAGUGUAAACUCUAGAGUUGGAUCUGGCUGCCUGACUUUAGUGUUGAUCUUCUGGAGGACUCUCGUUCACUCUUUUGACUCUCGAGUUGAAGACGCGCUUGGAUGAUGUGUUUUAACGACAUGGAGCAAGUUGAGGAAAUGUAAUCCGCAAGUACGUCACCCUGGCUUUUAUUUCGAAGACCGGAAGUUUGAUGUUUCCUAUCCUGACAGCGUUUCUCAGGUACCCUGCUGCGGCUUAAGCCAUUCUCCAUUCCGUUUACACCUGAUUCUGUGCGUAAGAGGAUAGCCCUCUUUCAGGCCCCGUUUUCCGCGUUUCUUAAUUAUUUAUUUCCGUGUAAACUGCAGUCUUGAUAUAAAAACAUUGAUGGUCGAUCAUUUAGCCCUGCGUUGAGGGCCCCGGGAGAACUGCACAGGAUUACACAGUCAUCUUAGAGCUCACUUUCUAUCCGGAGAUAUGGCUCGACCACGGCCGCGGGAAUACAAGGCAGGAGAUCUGGUUUUCGCUAAGAUGAAGGGAUACCCGCACUGGCCGGCGAGGAUUGAUGAACUUCCAGAAGGAGCUGUCAAACCACCGGCCAACAAGUACCCCAUCUUCUUCUUUGGCACCCAUGAAACUGCUUUCUUGGGCCCAAAGGACCUUCUGCCCUACAAAGAGUACAAAGACAAAUUUGGCAAGUCCAACAAAAGGAAAGGCUUCAAUGAGGGCCUGUGGGAGAUCGAGAACAACCCUGGAGUCAAGUUCACAGGCUAUCAGGCCAUCCAGCAACAGAGUUCAUCAGAAACAGAAGAGGGGGGAAACAACGCUGAUGGCAGUAGUGAGGGUGAGGAGGGCGACUCUGUUGAGGAGGAGGAUGACAAGGAGAAGCUGAAGGAAGACAAGACUGGAGACAAGACUGCAUCCAAACGGAAAAAGACAGCUUCCUCCAAGAAAUCCUCCAAGCUAUCCAGGAUUUCCUCCGGAGAAGAUGACCUGGAGAAGGAUGGAAAAGAUGAGGAGCAGAAGAGCGGCUCAGAGGGAGGAGACCCCGACAACGACAUCAUGCAAAAUACCACUGACAGUAAGAACCAGCUGCUCAUAGAAGAACAUUAAGGGAAAAGAGCGUGACAGAGAAAUUGUUUUUGUAGCUGUGAUGUUGGAGAAGUGAAUCGACAGCAUGAUUUCUCAUCAGCACCAUCUAUUGGCUGCCAUCGUCUCCUCCACCUCUUUGUUGGACAUCCAAUAUGUGUUGGACAGAUGCAUCCAUACUAAUACUGGUGUCACUCAUCAUAUGGAUACCUGGGUGAGACUGGGCAUUAUGUCACUCUAUUUUUCAGCACUUAAAAAUCAAAGUAAUGGAAAAAUGGCAGACUGUCUAAAACAAAAAGAAUAACUGGUAGAUUUGUAAUCGCUCAAAAGCUAUUAGGGUGGUCUUAUUAAUAAAAAGACACUGAGUAUUUACUCUUUUACAUUAGAUCAUAGAAGUUUGAGAAUUUUAACAUAACGUCUUCUCAACUCUUUCAGCCAAAACAUCAGUAUUUCUCGACAUCCCUGUCCCCUUUCACAUUAGAGAUUAUUUCCUGUCUCUUUAAUAACCGAUGGAAAUUUGAGUUGCGAUAGAAGCUCAGAAGGUCAUUUUUACAUAAGUUAGUGAAAUCUGUGAAAAUAAUGUGUUGGUGCAUCUCCUCUCGAUACGUGAUAUGUUAAAAUGUCACGACAUGACCCAUUUAGGCAGGAUGAACAGUGGGCUGGAGAGUGGUGUGUUCUUCCCAGGACUUCAUAUUCACACUUACAGUAGUUAGCCAUGAAUGAGUACUGAUACUGGGCCAGACAUACCUAUAGGCAGUGUAUCACUCAUGAUCACCUAUCACUGUGUACAAAUACAUUAGAUAAGACCUCCAUAUAUAUACUCUCUUACCAUCUAUGAUAUAUGUUGGGUAUUACAGUGAGCUGAUCACUCUAGUUGUAGCUUGAAAUAGCUUUUUUUAUAACGAUGAUUCUAGGAGGGACUCAUUUAAAAUUCAGUUACUGUCCAACAUUACCCAUCACCCUAUGUUACUCUUUUAUGUAAUCCAAAAAAGACGAAUGGAAAUACAUAGAUAAAUGUAUGAAGUGUUGUGCACAACUGGGUUACACAUUGUAGCUCAAUAUUAACUCUAUCUGUAUAUUUUAAUUUGUAGAAUAUAGGGCCAUUAUUCUACUUGGACUGCUCUAGGUAACAGCUCAUCUUUUUAUGGAAAAGUGAUACAUCUGUUCUUCUGUGUAUCUGUGAAAUAAAUCACUGUAUAUUUCAAA